ACUGGAGUCCAGGUAGCUAACAGUGUAACAGAGUAGAUUGACUAAUUUGCACCUCUAAGUCUAACCAGAAAACUGUAUUAUCAUCACCAUUUAGCACUGUUAUUUUUGUUAUCUUUAUCAAACCAACGAUUGCAUAAUUUCAUUGCGUGGCUAUGGGAGAGAGAGAAGAGGCCUAAAUAAUGGGUAGAUUAUUUGUGGUAGACGUAGAAGGCAGAUGCUACAGUUGCAGAUUUUGCGACACCCCUCUUGCUCUCGCCGAUGAUGUUCUUUCUCGGACUUUUAAUUGUCGAAAGGGGAGGGCAUACUUAUUCAGCAAUGUGGUGAACAUAACUGUUGGGCCGCCAGAGGAGAGGAUGAUGCUUUCCGGCAUGCAUACUGUGGAGGAUAUCUAUUGCUGCUCCUGUGGACAACUUCUUGGCUGGAAAUACCACAUGACAAAAGCCAAAAAUACAAGGAAGGAAAGUUUGUUCUUGAAAGAUGGAGGAUAGACGACGAGGCCUCUGGGGAAUUCAAUUUGGACGGUCGUCCCAGUUCAAAUGAUGGAGAGAAUCAUUAGGAAUUUGCUGCAACUUUGUGAAAUGAUUUGUAAAGACAAGAUGGAAUACGAGUUUUGGUGAUAUAUAGAAAGUUUUAGGACCUACAAAAACUAGAUGGCUUUUUUCACUUGGCUGAUAUCUUUAGCUUAUAUACUAAAAUAAUCUGCCGAAUUUAACUUGAAUGCGGGGAGAACUUCAGCAAAUGAAAAUAUGGAUUCUUGUAUAAAGGAGCAUGUUGGGUUGCACUAAA